AGCUCUGCGGCUGUUCUUGGAGCUUAAAGCCCUAACUAAAACCAUUGCUUGAACUUCGACAUUCCUAUCCCAAGAUGUCUAAAAUUUCCUCGAAAUUUCUGCUCUAUUUCAUCCAAAACCGGUUCGUCAAUACGGUUUCUAGUUCUACAUUGCCUUCAGCGUCUGUGUCUACGAUUGAAUUCCUCAAGAACACUUGUGGGCUGGCUGCGGAUUCUCCUUCUUCCGCCGGUCGAAAGCUUCAAUUCGAUGAAAAAAGCGCCAAGAAGUACGAAGCCGUUCUUGGUUUCUUGAAAUCAUAUGGAUUCGAGAAUUCGCAGAUCGCCAAGUUGAUCGCGAAGCAACCCUCUAUCCUUCAAUCGAGAGUCUACAACAAUCUGAAGCCUAAAUUCGAGUUCCUCGAGGAUAUAGGGUUUGUCGGUCCUUUACUUGCAAAGGUAAUUUUAUUGAACCCCUCUAUUCUGCUGAGGGGCUUAGAUUCUCAUUUGAAACCAUCGUUUUGUUUCAUUAAGGAAAUGCUUGAAUCGGAUGAGCAGGCUAAUGUUGCUAUUCGUCGAUCUUCGUGGCUUCUAACUUCUAAUUUGAAGGGUGUUAUGCAAUCUAACGUUAAUGUUUUGCUCGGUGAAGGGGUACCUUCUAGGAAUAUAUCGAAAUUGAUUGGGCAGCAACCAAGAACUAUUAUGCAAAAGGUUGAUAGAAUGGUUUGUGCAGUGAAGAAGGUCAAGGAAUUGGGCGUUGAACCACAGACUCGUAUGUUUGUUCGUGCGCUUCGUGUAGUGUUGUCCAUGAAUGACACAACUUGGAAGAAGAAAAUAAAUGUUUUGAAGAGUUUGGGAUGGUCUGAGAAGGAGAUUUUAACAGCAUUUAAGAGAGACCCACUUUGUUUAGCUUGUUCAGAGGAGAAAAUGAGGGCUGCUGCAGAUUUCUGUUUGAACACUGCAAAAUUGGACCCAGAAACUGUAAUUUCUUACCCCAAGUUCUUCAUGUAUGGACUGGACAAGUGGCUCCGGCCAAGGUUCAAAGUUCUUGAGGUUUUGAAGGUCAAAAAACUGAUUAAGAACAGAAAGAUUGCUUGGUUACUUUUUCUAGGGGAGAGAGAGUUUGUCACGAAUUAUGUUCUUAAGUAUUUGGAUGAAGUCCCAGAUCUUAUGGACAUAUACAGGGGCAAUGCGGCAGCCGAAUCCAGACCUGUUCUAUAGGAUUGGAAGGUUGUAAGUCAAAUUCUUCUUAUCUUCUAAAUUUUAGUACCAUGAUUUUGAAAUGGGAGAGCCGUUUUCUUUAGCUUUUCA